AUGGGUAGAAGAAAUUUCAAGAAAGGUAAAAAAACUUUCGGUGCUCGUGAUGAUUCUAGAGCUCAAAAGCAUUGGUCAGAACUCGUUAGAGAAAAUGAGAAAUGGGAAAAAUACUAUAAAGACCUCGCAUUAUUCCCACAGGAUCAAUGGGAUCAAUUUAAAACCGUUUGCCAAAGUCCAUUGCCCUUGACUUUCAGAGUUACAGGCUCCAGAAAACAUGCGCAGGAAGUCUUGCAAAUGUUUAAGGAAAGACAUUUACCAAACUUGACGAAUGUCGAAUUUGAAGGUGAAACUUUGAAAGCUCCAUUGGAGUUGCCAUGGUAUCCAGAUCACCUGGCUUGGCAAUUGGAUGUUCCGAAGACUGUUAUUCGUAAAAAUGAGCAAUUCGCCAAGACUCAAAGAUUCCUGGUUGUCGAAAACGCCGUGGGCAAUAUCUCUAGACAAGAAGCAGUCUCUAUGAUCCCUCCAAUUGUGCUAGAAGUCGAGCCUCAUCAUACAGUGCUAGAUAUGUGUGCUGCCCCAGGUUCAAAGACCGCUCAAAUGAUUGAAGCUCUACAUAAAGAUACCGAUGAGCCAACAGGGUUUGUUGUUGCCAAUGACGCAGACUCAAAGAGAUCUCAUAUGUUGGUUCAUCAAUUGAAGAGGUUAAACAGUGCGAAUUUGAUGGUGGUCAAUCACGAUGCCCAAUUUUUCCCAAGAAUCAAAAGUUCAGCAGCAGACGAUAGCAGCAAGGCAAACGUCCUCAAAUUUGAUAGAGUUCUUUGUGAUGUUCCAUGUUCAGGUGACGGUACGAUGAGAAAGAACGUUAACGUGUGGAGAGAUUGGACCCCACAAGGUGGGUUAGGUCUGCACACCGUGCAAUUCAACAUCUUGAACAGAGGUUUGCAUCUAUUGAAAAAUAAGGGUAGACUGGUCUACUCUACUUGUUCGAUGAAUCCAAUUGAAAAUGAAGCUGUUGUCGCAGAAGCAUUGAGAAAAUGGGGUGAUAAGAUCAGAUUGGUCAGUUGUGAGGAUAAGUUGCCAGGUCUUGUGAGAUCCAAGGGUGUAUCUCAAUGGCCAGUGAUCGACAGGAAUAUGACUCCAAGAGAAAAGGGUGAUGAAGGCACACAUGAUAGUUGGUUCCCACCUACUGAAGAGGAAGCUGCCAAGUUCAAUUUGGAAAACUGUAUCAGAGUUUACCCACACCAACAAAACACUGGUGGUUUCUUCAUCACUGUCUUUGAAAAAAUUGCUGAAGAUUCCGAUUCGACAAAGAGACUAGGCUCUGAGACUCCAGCUGCUCAAGAACCAGAACAAAAGAAGAUCAAGACCACCGAGACCGCCGCUCCAGUCGAGAAGAAAGAAAAAUUGCCUCGUGAUGCCAAUGAAGAACCGUUCGUUUUUAUUGACCCGUACCACGAAGCUCUAAAGACUUGUUGGAGUUUCUACGGGAUUGACGAGAAAUUUGAUAAGAAAUCUUGUCUAGUGCGUAAUGCCACUGGUGAACCAUCAAGAGUCGUUUACACAGUUUGUUCAGCUUUGAAAGACAUUAUUCAAGCUAAUGAAGACAGAUUGAAAAUCAUCUAUUCCGGUGUUAAACUAUUCGUCUCUCAAAGAAGCGAUAUCGAGUGUUCUUGGAGAAUUCAGAGCGAAGCUCUACCAAUUAUGAAGCACCACAUGACCUCCAAUAGGAUUGUCAAGACCAAUUUAGAGCUACUCAAAAUCCUCUUGGUUGAAUCUUUCCCAAAAUUUGAUGAUAUGAAGGCCCAAGGUGUCGAUGAUCAUUUUGUUGAAAAGAUGAAUGAAUUGAGUUCCGGUUGCGCGUUUAUUGAAGUCGAGAGAGAAGGCGACGAUAAGGAAAGUUUGUUCUUGCCCGUGUGGAAAGGUAACAGAUGCGUUAAUCUGAUGGUUUGCAAAGAGGAUACACACGAGUUGCUUUACAGAAUCUUUAACAUAGAAACUUCGGCCAAGGAUAAUUCAAAGGAUAAUACCCAAAAGAAGGAAGAGACUCCAUCUACUGAAGCAAACGACGAAAAGCAAUAG